AUGAAGGUUGCAGUCGUCGGCGCCACUGGCGAAACUGGUGGCUCCAUCAUCAACGGCCUUCUCGAGCAUCCCUCCCCCUUUGAAAUAACAGCGUUUACCCGCCACUCCUCCCUCCAGAGCUCUGCCAACGAAGCUCUCCGCGCCCGCGGCAUCAACGUCCAGCCUCUAGACUUGGCCGGCGACCAUGCCGCCCUAGUCACUGCCCUCACCGGUGUCGAAACCCUCAUCUCCGCCGUCAACUUCGCCGGCCUCGUCUCCGAGCCAGCCCUGGCCACCGCCGCCAAGGCCGCCGGCGUUGCUCGCUUCGUCCCCUGCUUCUUUGCUACCGUCGCGCCCCCUAAAUAUGUCUUUGCUCUCCGUGACGUUAAAGAAGAUAACCUUAACCACAUCAAGAAGCUCCGCCUCCCCUACACCGUCCUUGACAUCGGCUGGUGGUACCAGAGCACUUUGCCUCUCCUCCCCUCCAAGCGCAAUGCCUACGCUCACGUCGGCACUCAUGAUCUCAUCGUCGGCACUGGCACCGUCAAGUCCGCUCAUAGCGACCUCGCCGACAUAGGCCGCCUCCUCGCUCGCGUCAUUCUUGACUCGCGCACCCUUAACAAGUCCGUGUUCGGCUUUGGGGAGCUAAUCUCUCAGAACGAGAUCUACGACCUCUUUGACCGCCUUAGCGGCGAGACUAUACUUCGGACGUAUAUCGACGAGGAAGCCAUUAUUCGGAACCUGGAUACGCCGGUUGACGGGGAAGUCGGCUCGCCCGAGUGGUACAAGCGAAUGCGAUACGAGUACUGGUACAGUUGGGGCGUGCGCGGCGAUAACACGCCCGAGGUGGCGCGGUACCUGGGCUACCUUGACGCGCGGGAGCUGUAUCCCGAUUUCAAACCGCGGCCGCUUGAGGAGUACGUGAAGGAGGUGUUGGCGGGGAAGGCCAAAGUGAUCUAUGCGGAGAUGAGGGCGGCGAUUGCAGCUAGUCUAUCAGAAGCCGAGUGA